UUACUUCCGGUUUCAACCACUUCCUGAAAAUGUCUUCUUUGACACGACAAAAGCCUUCGAACCUUGACAAGAAUCUCGGGAAAGGAAAACCCGAGCCAUUGUAUCCAGAGAAGCCUGGAGUGAAUAUCGCAACCUUUGCACUGCUGUUCUCCGAGAUCGUCCAGUAUUGUCAGAACAGAGUCUACACUGUGCCUGAACUCCAGAACAAACUUGCAGAGUUAGGCCAGCAUGUUGGAUCCCAUCUGCUUGAUGUCCUCUUUCUCCGUGAGAAAGGAUUCAAGCGCGAAAUCAAGCUGCUGCAGAUGCUCAUCUUCAUCAAGUCCAAUGUCUGGAAGACAUUAUUUGGAAAGGAGGCUGACAAACUGGAGCAUGCCAACGAUGACGAGAGAACAUAUUAUAUAAUAGAAAAGGAGUCUAUGGUGAACAAGUUCAUAUCGGUACCUAAAGAUAAAGGCAACUUGAACUGUGCAGCAUUUACAGCUGGGAUCCUGGAAGCAGUAUUAAAUGGGGCAAAUUUUCCUGCCAAGGUCACCGUCCACUGGCACAAGGGGACCACCUUCAUGAUCAAAUUUGAUGAAUCUGUUAUUGCCCGGGAUAAGCACAUCGAUGGCAGGUGAAGAUCGGGGUGUUGAUCAAGGGGACUGCUUUACUCUGUGGCUGUGUGAGAGAUAUGGAUAAAUGGAGCUGUAACAGUGUGGUAGUUCAACAGAUCUGCUCUAACACCAUGAAGGAAAAACAUUCUGUUGACCAGGGAUGAGGGCGUGGAGUCUCGCCAAGCAGCCACAGAAACUGCCGCUGAAAGUUGGGUACCAGUAAUGUUGGUCAUCGUGUUGGGCAAAUGGAUAAAUAUAUUAAGAAAUGUGUUGUUUGGUUGGUUAAAAUAAAGUUCCAUGUAUA